CUCCCAAUCGCCGCAACCGCACCAGUGCCACGAUGGCGGGCGAUCCGGCCGGCGGCGGCGGCGGCGGCGGCUCCGCGACGGGGAAGAGCCCUCGCUCGUCGUCGCGGCACAGGCAGUUCCGCGACCGCGCCAAGACCCGCGUGGACGAUCUCCAGGAGAUCUUCUCCGGCCUCCAAUCCGCCCGCCAGGAGAGCCGCUCCGCCGACGCCGCCGUCCUCGAGGAGCAGGUCCACCAGAUGCUCCGAGAGUGGCGGGCCGAGCUCAGCGUCGCCUCUCCCGCCUCCUCCCUCCAGAACUCGCUGGGGAACAGCCAAGGGGCCGCGGAUCCGCCAUCGGAGACGCUGCGGUUGCUGCAGCUGGCUAUCGAGGAGGAGGACGACGCGACCAGCAAGCUGGCGAUCCCUCGUUCUUCUCGUCUGGGCCACGGGAUUGGGCAGGACGAUCAGAAUCUCAACGCUGAGCUGCAAGUGCAGGGGGAGAAUGUGGCUGGGGGCGCCCCUGUGACACAGCAGUCACUGGGACAUGAAGUGAUGGGAGAUUAUGGUGGAGAAGUAGCUGAUGUUGCUAAUGCAUUAUUCAAUGAUCAGAUGUACUAUGACCAUGAACUCAGCAUUGAUGAUUUUCUCCAUGGGUCAAACCCAGUUGACCUCAAUAACCAGCAAGAGAUUCGUCACCUGGAACAUGAACAAUGCAAUUUACCACUAGAUCUGCAACCUCCUAGUGCUUAUGUUGAUGCAAAUAGCUCUGUGCAAAAUACUGGAGAUGUUCUUUUCGACAUGUCAGACUUGCUCACAACAAUGUCUCCGUCACCUUCUCAAUAUUUGGGGCCAAAAUGUGCACUCUGGGACUGUGGUCGCCCUGUCUGGGGAUCAGACGAAUGUCAAGAUUACUGCAACCCUUACCAUGCUGGUUUGGCUCUAAAUGAUGAUGGUCUUCUAGGAACAAUGCCUGUGAUGCGUCCAAGGGGUAUUGACUUGAAAGAUGGGCCCCUAUUUGAUGCUCUUUGCGCAAAACUCCAAGGAAAAAAUGUCGGUAUUCCUGUCUGUGAAGGGGCUGCAACGUCAAAAUCACCUUGGAAUGCACCAGAGCUUUUUGAUCUUUCUCUUCUUGAGGGUGAAUCUCUUAGAGAAUGGUUGUUCUUUGACCGACCAAGAAGGGCAUUUGAGAGUGGCAACCGGAAGCAAAGGUCAUUGCCAGAUUACAACGGGCGUGGAUGGCAUGAAUCAAGGAAACAAGUGAUGAAAGAUUUUGCGGGUCUAAAGAAAUCCUACUACAUGGACCCACAACCAUCCACCACCUAUGAGUGGCACCUUUUUGAAUAUGAGAUCAAUGAUUCUAAUGCUCUAGCCUUGUACCGGCUUGAGUUCAAGGCUUCUGAUGCAAAGAGGACAAAGUUGGCAAGUAAUUCAUUGAAUGAAAUCCAGCAGCAAAUGGGCAAGCUUAGUGCAAACAGUCCUGUGGAUAACAAACGAACUGCUAGGAGCAAGACAAAGGCUAAUCAAAAGGAUAGCAGUGCAAGCACAAAUCCAGUUCGCAACACCCCCAAUAAACUUGGUGCUUCGAGUGCAUAUGAAACAGUUUAUCUCAACACCCCCAAUCAAGUCAGUCCUUCUAGUGCUUACAAGACCAAUCAAGUCAGUACUUCAAAUGCUUAUCAAGCGGUAUCAGAGGUGGACCCGAUGUCAUUCCUGAAUGAGAAUGUUGUCUAUGGACCUCAUCUUCCAUAUGGUUAGCAGCAGGGGACAUGAAGACAUAUGCCUAGCUCAUACCCUAAGGUAUCUCUUGGACAAAUUGUAACAGCUUCAGCUAAAUUUUGGAUCUCCACAGUGCGGCCCUAUAAUUUUUUUCAAGUGUAGACCUCUUCAGUAGAUGCUAUGCUUGUAGCGGUAUACUUCUGACUGUAAAAAUGUAUUCCGGUUGCCCUUGCCUAUCGGGUGCAAGCUGGAUGGACUCCGCUUCUUCAGAAACUGAUGUGGUCUGGUAGUCGAGGGUUCCUGUGGGGCUGUUUUUUGCUUUGUUUUGUAAAUAUAUGCUGAGCCAAGGAUUUGUGGAAUCCCAGAUUCACUUUCGUGGUAACAGCUUCGUGAUA